AUGGAGCAGUCCAACUCCUUGCUACUGAACGAGUGUGCCUUACAAAAAUGUAAAGAGGCGGAAAAGCCUAUUUUUUUGUACGAAUGGCUUCGUUAUUUGGAUCGUAUUCUUUUAGUUACCCAGAAGGCUGAUUUGAAAAGUGUUCAAAAGCAACUAGUAGAACAGUUGCUCGCGAGAGUACUUGCUCAGCCUGGACCGCUGACCAGAGCGCUUCUCUCACGGUGCAUAGCUAAAGUGUACUCUGUUGGCGAGACAUACAGUUUGUUCGAGACGAUCAACUUUUGCAAUGAUACACUGAAAGGACGAGAUGAUUCGCUCAGUCACCUUCCAGUUAAACUGGCAGCUCUUUCAUGUCUUGGCUCGAUGUAUGAAAGUUUGGGAAGGCUGGUUGGUCGAAGUUAUGAGGAAACGUUCCAUCAUUUAUCCAAGUGGAUUCGCAAUGCUGAAUCUCAAGGCAGAGCAGAAAUCAUGAUUGUACUUUCCAAGAUGAUCUCAGGACUAGGAAGCGCUGCUUCCUCUAUAUAUAAAGAAUUGUAUAAAAUUUUAAAAGCUCACAUGACAGAUCGGGUGAUGUCGGUGCGGGUAGCUACUGUUAAUUGCUUAGCUGCUUUAGUUCCAGAAUAUGCUUUCCUGUAUACGAGUGAACUGGAAAGCAUCAGCACAAUGUGUUUUAAGGCUCUUGAAUCAAGCAAUUAUGAAGUACGAAUGGCAGUUGCUCAGCUCUUUGCUAUUUUAUUCAGUAUGACUCAGGAAGGUCAAAAGGGAGGCGGAACAGGUGUAAGUGGAAAGGUUCAGUCUUCUUCGGUAGGACUUUCCAAAAAUUGUUCAGUUGAGGAGCUUUUCAAUAUUCUUUCUCUUGGUUUUCUUCGUGGAGGUAUUGGAGGAUUCCUUAAGAGUGGAUCGUCUUCAACAUCGAGUGGACAAAGAGAAAUUCGAGUAGGAGUCAGUUUGGCAUACGUGGAAGUAAUAAAAAAGUUGGGUCCUGUCUGGUUGGAAAGAAACAUGAGUUUUAUAUUAAAACAUCUCAUUGAACUUGUAGCUAAAUUUGGUGCUCUUUCUUUCACAAGUAAUUUAAAUCAAGUUGCGGAGGUAGUCUUUAUGCGGCGGUGUAUCGGGUUCAUCUUGAGAAGCACAUUUGGUACCUUACUAAGCGAACAGGCUCAAAUAGCGGUCUGUAAGCAAAUGGGAGUUUUGCUUGCGGACUACAUAAAUUCAUUCGAUUACAAUGUGGAACCAGGAAACGAAGUUCUUGGACCGGAGGCAUAUGCGAGUGCGCAAGCCUCAACGGUUAUUUUGUUGGAGAUUUCUUGUUUUGUUCGUCAGAUUGGGACCGCAAUUACUCCACUUUUUGUUGAAGCUUCAGGCAUAAUGGAACCUGUAUUCGCAUGUCUUCUUCAUCCAGUGUUCAAUGCUCGAGUGGCUGCUGCAUGGUGUUUACGGUGUGCAACUAUAAGCGUGCCUUCUCAGCUUACACCAUUAAUUGAUCGGUGUAUCAACAGACUAGAGCACAUGAAAGUGUGUGGAGACGCGAUAAGUGGAUAUUCCUUGGCUCUUGCUGCACUGCUAGCUGGGUCUUCAGAGUGCAAGCUAGGAAUACCGCACGGAAAAUCAAAGCAGGUUUUUACUCUUGCUGAAGAUAUGAUUCGUACAGCUACUCAGUCGAACCGUCUUGCGCAGGUAAAAGUACAAGCAGGUUGGAUAUUAAUAUCAGCCGUAUUAAAACUUGGACGUAUCUCUGCCCAGAGCUGUGUACAGCGGCUACUUCUUUUAUGGAAAAGCACUUUUCCACGUUCAGUCAAGGAGGCUGAAAGCGAAAAAUCCCGAGGAGACACUUUCACUUGGAGCUGUACUCUUGAAGCAAGAGGGGGAGCGCUUGGGUCCAUGGCAGUUUUUGCAGAACACUGUUCUUCAAUUUUGAAUGAAGAAAUAGUGAGCAGAAUUGUUUUAGCGUUAGAAUGCUGUUUGGUAAUGGUUUCAAAUACCGGUGUUCUAAUGAGAGCCUAUGGCGUCAAAUUGAGAUCGCUUAUAUCUCUCGUACGCAUAAGACUGUACAGCGUUUUAAAUGCUCUUUCACCUACCUGUUAUGAACGUUUGUUUUCGUCGCUGUUACGCGAGUUGGUUGCUGAGAUGACUCUUGCUGACAACACUCAGUCUACGUGGACAACUUCUUUACUGCCGUCUUUGUGUGUUGGAGUUGAGGAUUCACUUCUUGGAGCUUGGCUGAAGGAUACGGAUCAAGCUUUUCUUGAAUAUGAGAUGCAGAAUAGCCAGUACAGCGAAUAUGGGGCAAUUGAAAAUGAUCCAUUUUGUUUGCUACAAAGUACUCCAGAAAAAGUCGAACAGUGGCCGGAACCUCAUUCUGUACACGUUUCUAUAAUUGAUGCUGCAAUUGUGAUCUAUGGAAAACUUUACGUAUUAGUGCCUUCUAAGCAUAAGAUGCAGAUGACGGAACACUUUGCGGAGUGUAUAAAAAAUACAAAAAACUCUGUCAGGCAGAUCUCGAUACAACGAAAUGUUUUUGCGUGUUUACUUACAUCUCUAAGAAGUGUAGGUGAACAGAAAGGAUAUCGUCUUGAGGGUGACACUUUGCGCAAAGUAAACUUGAAUUUGAUUGUAUCUUCAAUUGCGCAUUCGAACCCGCUUUUAAGGUGCGCCGCUGCAGAAGCUCUUGGCCGACUAGCACAGGCAGCAGGAGAUGCGCAGUUUGUUGCUGCUAUGGCACAAUUUGCAUUUGAUAAACUUCAGUCUUGUCCAGAUGCUUUGAACAGGACGGGUUUUGCUCUUUCACUUGGUUCCCUUCAUCGGUAUGUAGGGUCAUUAGGUAGCGGACAGCAUUUGGAUGUUAGUGUGAAAAUUUUGGUAGCCUUAGCAGAGGACAACAGAUCUCCGACAGUUCAAGCAUGGUCAACAUUAGCUUUGAGUCUAAUUGCUGAUACUGCUGGAGGGAUGUUUCGAGGUUAUGUAGACCUAAGUUUGAGUUUGUCACUUAAACUGUUACUGGCAACUCCUUCUGCCAACACUGAAGUCAUACAGUGUGUCGGGAAACUGGUAUCGGCUUUAAUAACAACUGUUGGACCAGAACUACAGUUUAUCGGACCUAUAGAAAGCACGAGGAACUCGUUUUUGAUAGCGAGUGCUAUGAUGUUGGACAAUACGGAUCCCGUCGUUCAAGCAGAAGCAAUAUUUUCUUUGCAACAGUUACAUUUAUUCGCACCAAGAUACGUUCACCUUGAUCGCUUAGUCUCUCACCUUUGCCGUCUCCUGUCCAGCCCGCACUUAAUUUUGAGAAAAGCAUCUGUUUGUUGUUUGAGACAAUUAGUGCAGAAAGAGGCGAAAGAGGUUCGGGAACAUGCGCAAAGUCUUGUUCCACAAGGUUUGAUAAAUUCUAUAUCGAAACGUGCAUCAGCUCCUGUGCUUCCUGAAUCAGGUUUAGAAGGCGCUCUGUUGGGAAUGCUUGAUUCUGAGACAGAUUUGACCUUAAGGCAACAUAUUAAGGAAACGCUAAUAUCUCUUGUACAGGCCAUGUGUGGUGAUCUUUUAAGUUACUGGUUGUCACUUUGUAAGGAUAUACUGGCGUCUUCUAUUGGAGUAGAUCGUAGCACUAUCCAGAUUGAGGAAAAAACUAGCGAUCUUAGUUUGGAGGAAGAAGAGGAAAAAGAAGCUGCUGAUGAUGACGCCACACUGCAGGCUAUGUCUUUGUCAGAACGCGAUGAAAAACCGAAGUUAAUGCCUCGCUGGCCAACUCGCGUUUUUGUUAGCGAAAUAGUACAAAAACUAAUGACGGUCUGCGACAGCGAGCGGGCUCAUUUAGAUCUCAGUUUAGCAAAAGAGCUCCAGCUGUCUUCUGGAGGGCGAGCUGACUAUUUAGUCCUUCACCUCUCUGAUCUCGUGCGUAUGUCAUUCAUGGGUGCGACAAGUGAAAACACCACAUUACGACUAGCGGGGCUUUCGUGCCUUCAGGAUGUUAUUAAUCGUUUUUCCACAGUUCCAGAACCAGAAUUCCCUGGGCACGUUAUACUGGAACAAUUUCAAGCACAGGUAGGUGCUGCACUGAGGCCUGCAUUCGUUCCUGAAACACCCAGUGAUGUGACGGCUGCAGCUUGUGAAGUUUGCAGCACUUGGAUUGGUAGUGGUGUUGCACGCGAUUUAAAUGAUCUUAGAAGGGUACAUCAGCUCCUUGUUUCUUCCUUGACAAAGUUGACGCAUGGGUCAAUCAACACUCAGCUGUACAGUGAAAGUGCAGCUACGCUGGAAAAACUAGCUAUAUUAAAAGCAUGGGCUGAAGUUUAUAUUGUUGCUAUAGAGCAAGAAAACAAGAAAAAUGAGUUGGAAAAAACACAUUUGGAGAAAGGUUUCACAUUUCGUUUUCGAUUUUUUUUUAGAAGAGGUGUAUCAGUCUGUUUUGCAAAUUUUGUUUGCUUGGAUCAGUUAGAUGGCGACGGUGAUAACUGUUUUUCGAACGAAAGUUUGCUUAGUUUGGUUACACCGGAGCUGUGUUCACUGGUGGAGUAUUGGCUUGCCGCUCUUCGUGAUUUAGCCUUGCUGUCUUUACCACCAGAAUUCGCACACCAACUCCCUCUUAAAGGAGGCGCUUUUUAUGUGCCUGAAAGUAUUGAUUCGUGUAGGAAGUAUUAUCGAACAAGUUGGCCUCCUAUUCUGCUCGCUACGGGUCUGAAUGAAAUGAAUAAAUUUUCAAAAGAAUCACAUUUCUACAUUAUGCUUGGCAUAUGCAUCGAAGCUUUAUGUUCUAAUAGGUCCUAUACUGAAGGCGAUCAGACCGUUCAGCUUUGCCUUCGCUCACUAAAAAGCCUAAUGGGAUGCGACUGGGCUAGGAUGCAAUUUAUGAAAAACGUUUCCCUUCCGAUCGAGUUGCUCAAUGUUCUCUAUAGACUUAUUUUAACGCGGGAUAACCUCUUUACACAGCGUUUGUGCGGUGAAGUUGUUAUUGCCAUUUUGGAAGCAGCGAAAUACUCAAUUGAUCGGUUGAAGGAUAGAGAUGUGCAAAAUGCGAAUACUCCAAGCGAAUUUGAAGGGGGCUAUACGGGUGAAGAAGGUAGUGCUGAUGGCUUGGAACCUCAAGGCUCGUUGGCUUUUGCUGUCCUUGAAGUCGCCCUAUGUAUUUUGAUGCCUCAGUUGAACGCUAUGCUAAUGAAUAAGAAGGUGAUGACGUCUAUACACUAUCGAAAGUAUUCUCGUUUGCCUGCCGAAUCUAAUGAACUAAUAAAAUUAGGCAUCGCUGCAUUAGUACGUGUACCAUCUCUUUGUUCUUUGGAAGGUAAGUUAGUUGUCCUUCCAGCUAUCCUCUACUUGGUCAUUGGUGUUCUACGUGAAGCAUCCACUGUGGAUCAGGAACAGCUGGUACCCGACACUUCUCCUGGUAAUGUAUCCUUGGCUGCUGCUACUGCUAUACAGGCCCUUCGUUCACUUGCUGGCGACGUGCCCGGAGACCAAGAGGUGAAACAAAGGUGGCUUGAACUUAUGAGAAGCGCGUUCAAGUCUUUAUUAAAUUUGUCAGAAGGUAACCCCAAGGUUGAUGCUUGUGUUAUUAUGCUGGCUGUAACAGUUUUUAUCAACUCAGCUCCGCCCCAAACAGUAAUUGGUAAUAGCGACAUCUUUUCUCGUACUUGUCGGCUAUUUCGUUCGUGCUUAAACAACGAAGUGAACAAGGUCGUUAUCAAAUGUUUACAAAGUCUCUCAUCAGUAUUUGUCCGACCAGAAAUAUCAGUACCUUUUAUCAAAGAAUUAGCGUCUAAUGUGCUCAGUGAAAUUCGGCAGUUUAUCGAUCUGGAUGCAGGAACCUGCAGGUUGAAUGAACUGAGCGACGAUGAUUUCAUUAUUAUACAAGAAGUCGUGCGAUGUUUCGAAAUUAUCCUAACAAAUACUCGUUUGAAAAAUGAGAUGGCUAUAGUCAAUGUGCUAGUUCAACUUCUGUGCAGUUUUUUGUGUGCUGAUCCACAAACUAGAUUUCGCCAGUUACCCGCAGCUGGGCGGAAAGUGCAUGACUACGCAUUACAGCAUUUGAAUUCGAUAGGCACGUCUUACCCAGAACUCUUCCGGAAAAUCCUAGUUGUCUUCCCUGAAAUCAAGACUAGAGUUGAAAAGGCUCUUAUACAUCAAACGUCACGACAAAAUCACCCGACAGCCAUGCCACGGACAAACACAAACAUCCAAGGUCGGAAGGCUAACCCAGUAACGACGCAACCGCAACAUGAAGAUGUAAGCACUUUAUGA